AUGAGUUUGGAACAAGGAGACGAGAAGAAAACAGAAGAGAGUCCAGAUGAACAGAGAAAGAGAGAGAGAGAUUUAUUCCUGAAUCAGAUCCUAUAUCUGACCGAGGAGCUGGAGGGGUAUCAGCUGAAGUGUGACGACCUCGAGCAGCAGAAGAAGGACUUUAUGUCUCAGUACAGUUCACUGGAGACAGAUAAGAAGGACAUUGUGGAGUAUCUGAAACACUCCUUGUUGGAGAAGGAGGACGAGGUGGAUGAACUGUCUGCGCGGCUGGAGAGUCAGCGACAGGCUGCCGAGAAAGACAGAGACGCUCUGCAGCUGCAACACGCUCAGAUGAGCCAAGAGCUUCAGGAGCGGAUAGAAGAACUCAGCGGGGAGAACAGGAUGCUUGAGACCAGCCUGGCGAGUCUGGAGGAGUUCCGGAGGCAAAGGGAGCAGCUGACGUCCAACAUGGAGUCUCUGGAGAAGCAGCUGAGCCGCCAGGAGGAGGAGCACACAGCCGGGCUUCACAGCAUGGAGAUGUCAGUGCUGCUGGAGAAGCAGAGAUUAGAGAAAGAGAUGGAGAGACACAUGGCGAAGAUGGCUGCAGACGUGCAGCGCCUGGUGGACCAGGAGGUUCCUGAGGUGACCAAACGGGCCUUCGAGGAGAACACGGAGUUGAGGACUCGGUGCAAUAAGCUGUCAGACCAAGCUGAGAUCCUGAUAAAGGAGAACUCGGCUCUGCAGCUCCACAAGAAGAAACUCAAAUCGGACUUGAGCAACCUGGAGGAGAUGCUCAAAGAGCUGUCCCUCAAGAUCUCCGUCCACAAGAAGGUGGUGAAGCAGGAGACAGAGAAGUGUGAGCAGCUGCAGGCGGAGCUGAACGUCUGCAGGCAGGAGCAGCAGCAGCUGCAGGGCGAGCACAAACGCGUCCUGGUGGACAUGGAGGCGCUCAGACAGAAACAGGCCUCGCUGCCAGAACCCAGCGGGGACCAGAGCGCUGAGGUGAGGCGGCUGGAGGCCGAGCUGCAGGAGGAGAAGAGGACGAGCGGCCGGAUGAAGAGGGUCAUUCAGGAAGCAGUCGACACGCUCAGACAAACUCUGAUGGAGGCCCUGGAGGAGCAGGAGGCCCCGGAGAAGCAGGAGGCCCCGGAGAAGCAGGAGGCCCCGGAGAAGCAGGAGGCCCCGGAGAAGCAGCACUCUGAGGCCGGCGUCGACAGGUGGACGCAGCUGAUGCAGAAGCUGCUGGUCGUGUUGGACACGCGCAAACUCGCCGGCUCCUCUGCUGAGGAUCUGACCUCUGACCCUGCAGCCACCAGCUCAGUGAUUCUGGAUCCAGUUUCCAGUUACCACUUCCAGCUCGCUCGCUACACACCCGGAGACCUCGGCCUCAUUCCACCUAUGGCACAGAAGCCGCUUCGCUUCAGGACGAGACCAGGCUCCAUCCCGUCCCUGCUCAGGAAACCGUCCGGUCCGAAGACGACAAGCUCCCUUAACCUGAGCGGCUCAGCCGGGAGACUAAUAACGUCCAAACACGUCAACAAAAAAAAAUGAUUAGAAACUAACUUUACAACCUAUUCUUCUUUUACGCUUGUGGGAAUCUUUUCUACCUCUCUAAAACUGAUUUGAUUUAAAAAGAACCAUGUGAUAAAACACCAAAAGUUGACAAAUUCAAACUUAUUGUGCCAUAAAUGUGAUAUUGGGACAAUUCUAAAUCUUACUGUGAUGAUAUGAGCAAUAAAAAAAAGAGCAACAACACACUUCCUGUAUCAGGAAGUCCAAACACGUGACCCAUCUUCCUCAGAGCUCGAUCGAGAGUCGCCAUCUUAAAUAUCAGCAGAUUUAAAAUUUUGUGAUGUUUAAGGGAUUGACCCUGAAACAAAAAACAAACCUACCUGACUCAUAGAUGAAGACGCGGCACAGAUUUAAAUUCUUUAUUCGAUGUUUAUUGUUAUAUGGCAAAGUCUCAGGCACUUCAAUUCUCAUUUGACGAUGAAAGUCAGUACCGCGAUGAAGACGAGAGGAGGAAGGACAGUUUAUAUAUUACACGUGAGAGACAGAGACAAAAAGGAGAAUAACUAAACUAAUGACCACCGUAUGUACAAUGAAAUACAUAUAUCUGCAUUAAAAACUAUACUUUGAUAAAUAUAUAACUUCAUGGAUCGUUAAGUAGGAAUAGGAAAUAUUCAAAAUACUGUGAUUCUUCUUUUUUAAAUAGAUACAAAGGAUUUAUAUAAAAGUACAGUUUCUACGUCGCGUCUAUUCAUCGAUGGAUUCAUCGGGACACAGAUGUGACACCGGGUUGUUGAGGCGAGCAAUAUAUACAGGAAAUGUUUCCUCUAACGCGUGGGUGGAUUAUUCUCCGUCUACUCUGAAGCUCUGAAAAAUAAAAAUAAAAAAAA